AAAUAAGCUCAGUCAGUCGGUCUCCACUCCUAUAUACUAAUGUCAAAGCGAAUUCUUAACGUUACUCUUCGUCGCUAUUUCUUCGUCUCCGUCUCUUCAUCGUCGCCAAGAGCUAUUCAGCUGUUCAGAAUCACCUUCCCUAACCGGCCAACUUCCGAUCAUCGGUUCUGCACAACGCGGGUUUUGUCGUCGUUGUCAAAUCACUCCCAACGCAAGAUGGAAGCGGAACAUUACCGAUUUGGGCCGUAUGAAAUUAAUCCCAAGGAAGUUUUCUACUCAUCCAAACUUUCCUAUGCUUUGGUCAACCUCCGUCCUCUUGUUCCUGGUCAUGUGCUUGUCUGCCCAAGGCGUGAAGUGAAGCGCUUUAUAGAUCUCACUGCUGAUGAAACUAGUGAUUUGUGGUGUGUGGCGCAAAAGAUUGGACGUCAACUUGAGUCCUACCACAAUGCGUCAUCACUUACAUUUGCAAUCCAAGAUGGACCUCAGGCAGGGCAGACUGUUCCUCAUGUUCAUGUUCACAUCAUCCCUCGCAAAAGUGGUGACUUCGAGAAAAAUGAUGAAAUUUAUGAUGCUUUGGACGAAAAAGAGAAGGAGCUGAAGCAAUCUCUUGAUUUAGAUAAGGAAAGGAAGGACAGAAGCAUGGAGGAGAUGGCUCAAGAGGCUGAGGAAUACAGAAAACUCUUUUUAUGAAUAUAAUAGGAAUAUCUUAGUAUUUUGAUGGUUGCUAACAGUGGUUUUAGAUAAUGGGGUCUGGUUAUUCAGAGUUACCAUCUCUUGUUUGGUGACCAAUUUCAAUUGAACUUUGUGCAAUUUGUAGCUUAACUGAUCUGUUAUCAUACUGUAUUUGUGGACAUC